AUGGGCGCGGCACCCCGCUGCCGGGCUGAGGGGAGAGGCGGAGAACCACGGCCGCUGGUCCGCCCCCGCCUUCACCGAGGAUCCCUCGGGGCUCGGAUGGAGUGUGCAGAACGGAGGUGCGCGACGCGCAGGCAGACGUGGGCCGGGCAAAAGGACUCACGGGCGGGACAGGGUGCUCAUGAACGAGACGCUCAAGCAAGGACAAGCUCGCGGGCGGGCAUAGUUCCAAAAGUGGCAAAGAUAGCUCAGUAUGCUAUCACAAUGGCCAAGACGUUCUACCGCUAUCGAAAUUCGACAAUCAGUAUGCUCAAUUCUGUGCUCUCUUAUCCUAAUAUAACCUUCCGUCAACGGAUAGCCACUAAUAGCUUCAGAACAGCUCGCUCAGAGGAAGACCCAGACUCACUGUGGGAUGCCUGGGGCUCAUGGAGCGAAUGUUCACGCACUUGUGGAGGAGGGGCUUCGUAUUCAUUGAGACGUUGUUUGAGCAGCAAGACCUGUGAAGGACGAAACAUCAGGUACAGGACAUGCAGCAAUGUGGACUGCCCACCAGAAGCAGGUGAUUUCCGUGCCCAGCAGUGCUCUGCUCACAAUGAUGUCAAGUACCAGGGACAGUUUUAUGAGUGGAUUCCCAUCUCUAAUGACCCCGACAACCCAUGCUCGCUAAAGUGCCAAGCCAGAGGAACAGCUCUGGUUGUGGAGCUGGCACCCAAAGUUCUGGAUGGGACACGAUGCUACACUGAAUCCUUGGACAUGUGCAUCAGUGGCUUGUGCCAAAUUGUUGGGUGUGACCACCAGCUGGGAAGCUCUGUCAAGGAAGAUAACUGUGGGGUCUGCAAUGGCGAUGGGUCCACCUGCCGGCUGGUUCGAGGCCAGUAUAAGUCCCAUCUCUCAGCAAAUAAAUUGGACGACACAGUUGUUGCAAUUCCCUACGGAAGCAGGCAAGUUCGCCUUGUGCUGAAAGGACCAGAUCAUUUAUAUUUGGAAACCAAGACUCUCCAAGGUGUGAAGAGUGAAAAUAGCCUCAGCUCCACCAGCUCCUUCCUCAUGGACAAUUCUAGUAUUGACUUCCAGAAGUUUCCUGACAGGGAGAUAUUAAGAAUAUCUGGGCCUCUCACUGCAGAUUUCACUAUCAAGAUCCGGUAUGCCGGUGCUGCUGAUAGUUUGGUUCAGUUUAUCUUCUAUCAACCUAUCAUUCACCAGUGGAGGGAAACAGAUUUUUUUCCUUGUUCAGCAUCCUGUGGAGGAGGUUAUCAGCUGACAUCUGCUGAAUGUUUUGAUCUGAGAAGCAACCAGGUAGUAACAGAUCAGUACUGUCACUUUUAUCCUGAAAAUAUCAAGCCAAAGCCAAAACUUCAAGAGUGUAAUCUGGAUCCUUGUCCUGCAAGUGAUGGAUACAAGCAGAUCAUGCCCUAUGACCUCUACCACCCCCUUCCUCGAUGGGAAAGUACACCCUGGACUGCCUGUUCCUCAUCCUGUGGAGGGGGUGUCCAAAGCCGCAGCCUCUCAUGUGUGGAAGAAGAUAUUCAAGGACAUAUCAGCCCCGUAGAAGAAUGGAAAUGCAUGUAUACUCCAAAGAUGCAUGUUGUCCAGACUUGCAAUAUAUUUGACUGCCCAAAGUGGCUUGCUCAGGAAUGGUCUCUGUGCACUGUGACUUGUGGACAAGGACUCAGAUACCGUGUCGUCCUUUGCAUUGAUCACAGGGGGAUGCAUACAGGAGGGUGUAGUCCUAAAACAAAGCCACACAUAAAAGAAGAAUGCAUCAUACCCACUCCUUGCUACAAACCCAAAGAAAAACUUCCCGUGGAAGCAAAGUUGCCAUGGUAUAAGCAGGCCCAAGAACUGGAGGAAGGAACAGUGGUGUCUGAAGAACCUUCGUUUAUUCCUGAGGCUUGGUCCACUUGUAGUGUCACCUGUGGAGUGGGCAUGCAGGUGCGGCUUGUGAAAUGUCAAGUUCUUCUCUCUUUCUCUCAGUCUGUGGUUGACCUGCCCAUUGAUGAAUGUGAAGGUCCCAAACCUGCGUCUCAGAGAUCCUGUUACAGUGGCCUCUGCAGUGGAGAGGCAACAGAAUAUAAUCCAGAGGAAACUGAGCUGCUGUAUGGCAGCUUUCAGGAGCUUUAUGAGCUUUAUGACUGGGAAUACCAGGGCUUUACUGAGUGUUCAGAGUCUUGUGGAGGAGGUGUCCAGGAGGCUAUGGUGACCUGCCUGAACAAACAAACCAGGGAGACUGCAGAUGAGACGCUGUGCAUAAGCAGCCGCCAUCCUCCACAGCUGCUGAAAACCUGUAGCCUGGACCCCUGCCCCCCAAGAUGGGAAACUGGGCAAUGGAGUACUUGCAGUCUUACCUGUGGAGGUGGAUUGCAGACACGGGAUGUCUUCUGUUGUCAUCUAUUGUCGAGAGAGACUAAUGAGACGGUGAUUUUGGCAGAUGAAUUGUGCCGUAAACCUAAGCCAUCCCUUGUGCAAGCCUGUAGUUGUUUUGACUGCCCACCCUCCUGGUAUCCUACAGAAUGGCAAGAGUGUUCACAGACAUGUGGCAGUGGCGUUCAGAACCGAGAUAUGCAUUGUAAGCAGCGCCUGGCAGAUGGAAGCUUGUUAGAUCUGCCAGAAACCUUCUGCUCCACACCAAGACCAGUUACCCAAGAAGCCUGCAAAAAUGAGGAUUGCCCCAAUGAGUGGUUUUUUUCUGACUGGACACAGUGUUCAGUGAGCUGUGGAGAGGGCACACAGAGUCGAAACGCCAUUUGCAGAAAGAUGCUGAAAACUGGUGAUUUUCUCAUCAUCAGUUCCUCACUGUGCCCACCUUUGCCAUUCUCAUCCUUAAACAGGCUAUGUACACUAGGCACCUGUGCAAGGCACAACAGGCCAGCUCAUAAGCAAAGUCCCCAUAUCAUGGCUGCAAAGAAAGUUUACAUCCAGACAAGGAAGAAGAAGAAGCUACACUUUAUUGUGGGUGGGUAUGCCUACCUGUUGCCCAAAACCUCCAUUAUUCUUCGAUGCCCCACAAGGAGGUUCCGGAAAUCAAUGAUCAUGUGGGAGAAGGAUGACAAGAGGCUCAGCAGCUCAGCUCACAUCACUAUUGCACCCUAUGGGUACUUGAAAAUCCAUCAUCUGAAGACUUCAGACAUUGGGACAUACACCUGCAUAACAGGGUCAACCCGGGAGAAUUUUGUCAUUAAACUAAUUGGAAGUAACAAGAUCAUUGCUGAGCAGCCAACUGGUAUUAAGGAGGAAGAGGCCAAGAGCAAGCCUGGCUUAAAUGAAGCUUUGCGAACAGAGGAGAAACAUAUCAAUGGGAUUCUCUUCAAUGGGAGCAAAGCUGACAGUCGAGGGCGUAAUUCUCAACUCAGUAGGUGGUAUGACUAUAUUGUCUCAAGGCUGCUACAGCACAAGGGCUGGCCAGGGCAAAAUCUGGGGUCCUGGGAAGACCAAGAGUCCACAGAAAGAAACACAUCCUCAGAGGAUGACCACAACCCGGGGUAUAGCUUGCCAUUUACUAUGAUUACAGAGCAGAAACACCUCAAUGACAUCAUAAGGAAUUUAUCGCAACAACCUGAGGAGCUUAAAGAUAUCUACACCAAGCAACUUGUUGUGCAGCUGGCUCAUGAGCUUUUCCAGAGGCACUUGGAACACCAGGAAUUUGUCCUCAAUGUGUCAAGGCUAAGAGUAGAUACAGCCCUGGUGAAGUACCCUCUCAGCAGACAUGUUUCUGGAUUUACUAGCUCACUGAGGACAUUGCCUGCUGAAUCAUUUCUUCCCCCAUCUGCAGACCUGGCAAAUGGAUUGCACAGACCUCAUCAAAAGCCUGCCAUCCUCCGAAAGAUUUCAGCAGCUCAACAGCUUUCUGCUUCAGAGGUUGUUACCCACUUGGGACAGACAGUGGUCCUAGCCAGUGGCACACUGAGUGUGCUGCUUCACUGUGAAGCAGUGGGAAACCCAAAGCCCACUAUUAGCUGGGCUAAGAAUGGAGAGGAGGUGAAAUACAAUGAUAGGAUGGUACUUCAGCCUGAUGACUCAUUGCAGAUUCUAGCACCUGUGGAAGCUGAUGUGGGUUUCUAUGCUUGCAAUGCAUCCAAUGCCCUGGGAUCUGACUCUGUCUCCAUUGCUGUCACUCUAGCAGGAAAGCCCCUGAUAAAGGCAUCUAGAGCUACUGUGACCAACACUGAAUCACCUACUGUCGUUGUUGAUAUUGGAAGCACAGUAAAAACAAUCCAAAGAGCAAAUGUUACCAUUAGCUGUCAGGUUGCAGGUGUUCCUGAAGCACAAGUUACAUGGUUUAAGAACAAGGUUAAGCUGUCCUCUGCUCACCAUCCGCAUAAUGGGUUACUGCUAAUUACAAAUGUUUCUCUGUCAGAUCAGGGGUUGUACUCCUGCAAGGCAGUGAAUCGUCAUGGGGUGGUAACUGAAAGCUCCCAGCUGUUGGUUCUUGAACCUCCACAACCUCUACCUUACCUAGAAGACUUGACAGCCGUGCUUUCCAGUGCUACAGCCAGCACUCAUUCAGUGAUGACCUCUCCUUCAGGAACACAAAUGACCAUCAGUCCAGGGAGCUCUGCUCUCAUAGGUUGUGCUGUGGGUGGUCAUCCAGCCCCAAGUAUCACCUGGCUUUACUCUGGCAAGCCUCUCAAUCUGCAACAUACCCUCCUAGCAGCAGGCCAGAUUCUUCAGAUAAUCAAUGUCAGUGGUGUUCACGAUGGGGAAUUCAGCUGCCUUGCUCAGAAUGAGGCUGGAUCACUCACACAAAAAACAUCCUUGACUAUACAAGAAUGUCAGUGGUCAGUGGACAAGUUGAUGGCUUGUUCAGCUUCCUGUGGCCACAAAGGGAUGCAGCUGCCCCAGCUGAGAUGCUUACUGGAUGGGGUUGAAGUCAGCAUAUCCCACUGCAAAGAGAAGCCCAAGCCAGCCCUGCAGCCCAUCGCAUGCAACAGGAGAGACUGCCCUUCACGAUGGAUGGUAACAUCAUGGUCUCCUUGUACACAGAGCUGUGGUGGAGGCAUCCAGAUACGGCGGGUGACAUGUCAGCACCUGACAGCAAAAGGCAGCUCUGUGCAAAUGUCAAAUGAGGCUUGUGUGCAGGUGUCUAAGCGUCCUGUGGACACACAGAACUGUAACAAGCAGCCCUGUGUUGAAUGGGUGGCCUCCUCCUGGGGCCAGUGUAACGGGCCUUGCAUUGGACCACGACUGGCUGUACAGCACAGACGCAUAUUUUGCCAGACCAAAGAUGGGGCUUUUGUGUCACCUGAUCAAUGCAGUGCCUUACCAAGGCCAUUGAGCACCCAGAACUGCUGGACUGAGAUCUGUGAUGUGCACUGGAGGGUCAGUCUGUGGACUGUUUGCACAGCUACAUGUGGAAAAUACGGCUUCCAGUCCCGGUAUGUGGACUGUGUGCACGUUCACACUAACAAGCCUGUGCUGGAGCGUCACUGCUCCUGGAGGCCACGGCCGGUGAACUGGCAGCGCUGCAACAUCACGCCUUGUGAAAACGUGGAGUGCAGAGACACUACAAGGUAUUGUGAGAAAGUGAAGCAGCUCAAGCUCUGCCAGCUCACUCAGUUUAAGUCACGCUGCUGUGGGACUUGUGGAAAAGCUUGA